GCGGCGCGCGCCAACCUGUCGGGCGAGCCGUGGUACGUGGGCUGGAGCACCUGCUACGACGAGGAGAGCCGCCGGCUAAGGCAGUACUACGACCGGCCCUACUUCCUGCCGCGAACUUCAGAGAGCGAUACUAUUGACUGGAUAUUCAUGGGUGGACCCGGACAAGGAGCUCAUAUGCACGUGGACUCAGUGCGGCGCGUGUCGUGGCAGGCGCAGGUGCGCGGGCACAAGCGCUGGCAGCUCGCGCCGCCGCCGGAGUGCCUCUACACGUGCCGCGCGCUCGCACUCACCGUGCACCCCGGGGAGAUAUUGGUGGUGGACACAAACCGGUGGUACCACAUGACACGCGUGCUGCCCGGAGACCUCAGCAUCACCAUCGGAGCUGAGUACGACUGAACACAAACUGAACAACUUAUAUACAAUAUCCACAUACUUCAUGUCAUUUUUAAUGAAACUUUUUGUUAUUGUUAAAAUUAUUUUAC